GCCCGACUCGCAAUCAGGUGCGUUCUGACACUACUCGUUCACAGCAGCACAUCUUGUGUCACAGUCAUGUGAACUAUAGUGUACACACUCUCAUCAUCACCAAAGCAACCAUGCCCUCGAAGACUCUGCCUGCUACCGCCGUUCGCAACUUUUCUCGUCCGCGACCGGUUGCCCUCUCUCAACUGAGAUCGCGUGCGUCGUUCUCUAGGGCGAGACGCUUCUCCCAAAAGGCCACACACUCCGCGGUUGCUCACCAAGCAUGGAAGAGACCUUCGGCAGCUAUAGUUGCAGCAGCUGCCGCAGUUGCUCUAGUCUACACAGCCACCCAGUUCCGCGUUGUGCAGGCAGAAGCUCCACCCUCAGAUACCCAAGAGGUUGUGAUCGAAACAUCCAAGAAGAGAAGGGGCGUUUCGAAGGAAGAGAAUAGGGACCUCAUCAGCUCUCAGCAUCUCCAAGUCAAGAAGAGCUGGGAGAACCCUGGCGUGUAUGCGUGGGGAUCGAAUACUGGUCGAGUCGUGGCCCCCGAGUCAAAUGAAGCAUAUAUCAAGACGCCGCGAAGAUUGAGUUGGUUCGACGAUGUCCUGCUCCGGGACCUUAAGAUUGACAGGAACUUUGGUGCGGCAGUUCUGGAGAACGGAGACUUGGUGCAAUGGGGGAUUGAAUAUUCAGAGGACGUACGGCAGCCGACGGUCACACUCAAAGGCAAGAAUUUGACCUCCAUUGCAAUAUCGAAAGAUCGUAUCAUUGGGCUGGGCAAGAACGGAACCGUAUACUCGAUACCAGUGUCCAAAGCGGACCAGGAGGGCGGACACAAACAGACAGACAGGUCUUGGAUCCCAUUCUGGAGUUCAACAUCGUCAAUUAGUUACAGAAAGCUCGAGCCCAAGAAUUUAGGAAUGGGCGAACGAGUCAUUGCCGUCAGUGGUGGCCUUGAGCAUGUUCUUCUACUCACAAACUCGGGACGAGUCUUCUCUGCCGCCUCGGGAACCGAGGACUUUCCCAGUCGUGGACAAUUGGGCGUUCCAGGAGUGACAUGGCUCACUCGUCCUGAAGGCCGAUAUGAUAUGUGCCACGAGCUAACCACGCUCAAGGGCUUCGAGAUCACCAAACUCGCUUCGGGGGAUCACCACUCACUUGUCCUCGACAAAGAAGGCCGCGUCUUUGCCUUUGGCGACAACUCAUCUGGCCAGCUUGGUUUCGAUUUCAACCCGGAAGCCCCUUUCGUCGACACGCCGUCUCUCCUUCCCACCACUCGUCUCUACCAAGGCACCAACCAGUCGUCCAAAGUCACGUCUAUCGCCGCUGGCGGUUCAAACAGCUUCUUUACUAUCGAUGCCACCCGAAUCGCUGGCCCGGAUGAAGACCCCAGCUCAAUCUUAACUCUGGGAAAGGUCACUGCCGAUACAUGGGCAUGUGGAAUGGGUAUUAGGGGCACCCUUGGAAACGGUAAAUGGACGCAUAUCCAAGGCACCCCUACACGCAUUCCGUCCCUGUCGGGCCUCUUCGAGUACGACGAAAAGACUCAAAGGGUGGUUCCGAUCCGGAUGUCCCAGAUUUCCGUUGGGAGUACUCACGCCUCCGCCGUGCUCAACAACGUGACCUACCUAGAUGCCUCGGAAAAAUCCUCGGAGGACGACACAAACUGGGGCUCCGAUGUGCUUUGGUGGGGAGGAAACGAAUUCUAUCAGCUGGGCACAGGUAAGAGGAACAACGUGCCAAUCCCGACAUAUAUACGGCCAUUGGACAUGGCCAGCGAAAUGGAGAUGGGGAGGAAGGAAGAGCAUAGAUUGCAUUUGACACCUAUGCACGAUGUACGGUUGAAGGCCAGUGGGAGGAAAGUAAGAAUGGAGCAGCGUGUGGUGUGUGGCAGGAAUGUAACGGGUGUUUAUUCGGCUGUUUGAAGUCGUCACCUAUGGAGGCGCGCCUCACGAUGUGUUUGCAUUGGAUUGAAACAUUUCUCACCGUUGCUGCGGUCUAGCCUGAGGUGCUCCAUAGACAUUGAGAUAUCUUCGCUCACCGAAUUCGACUUUUGUAUCUCCCAUUUGGCACCAUGAUGCCCUUCACGGGCAUGUCUUAUAUAGCCAAUCAGUUCGAAAUGAC